GAAUGAGCGCUAUUGUUGAGAAGUUUCGGAGUGUGUGCGCCCCUGAAGGCUGGCGGAGCCGGGUCCCGGACUCUGACAGACGGAGCUGAUCCAGUGUGCUGCACUCACACACCUGAACGGUACAGACUUUUGGACACCUACCACCCUGCUGCAGAAGAGGGGAAGUUUUUAAACGCAUUUUUCCGCUUUUGCACUGAGUGACACGCCAGACAAGUGGAUAAAAAAGUUUGGGUAAAAGCUGCGAGAGCGCAUUCCGGCGGACUUUGGAUUACUGUACCGAGGUAAGCGUCUCCUGCACUUUCUUACUAAACACCCAGAGAAAUGCAUUUUUGUGCACUCUUAGGACAACUGGACAGAUCGGUGAGUCUGCAUGCUCCUCGGUGCAGCUUAAAGUGAUUUUGGUUGCUUUUACGCCACGGAAGCCCCUCUGGUGUUUGGAGUCUUUCAGAUGCUGUGUGAUCGAUUCAAACCUCACAGUUAAUCGGUUACUCUGUGUACACUGACACAUAGAGAAGCUGUGAUAAUCGAUCCAGCUUUCAGGUUCUUUGAGUGCGUUUAAUUUACGCAGCGCGCUUCACAUGUGAAAGCCUCCCCUUGUGGCCCGGUCUCCUCGCAUUCCUCUCCCCGGCGCACGGGUCCCUAUCUCGGGGAAGGAUCAGCCGUCAGACGCGCUCAGAGGGAGGCUCGGACAGAGACACACUGAGAGGAGUGUUUCCUGUGGAGAAAUGUGGAAACAGGAUUAGGUCUUAUCGCUGCUCGUUGCCACAGACCGUGUUUGUGUCGAAUGUAUCGGAUUAGAGGUCGUUAUCUGCCCCUCUGCGCGCUCUGUCAACUCGUGGCUGUUUGUUUUCACCUCAGAUUAGAGACGUUAAUCUGCGUGAUUGGUCCGCUGAUCCCCGGAGACACAUCAACAGGCUCCCUCUAGUUCGGGGUUUUUAAAACUCCUACAUUGUGGUUUCUGCAGGUUUCCUUAACUCCUCUGCAUGUGCAGCUCUCAGGUGUUCAUGCGUAAAGGUGAACGAGGUUUGGAGAAGGAAAUGUUUCAGGUAUUUUUUAAUGAAAUAGUUGCUUUUUAAGAAUAAGAAGAAUAAGAAGAACUUUAUUAAUACCCAAAGGGAAAUUCAGUUGUCUUUUUUUGAAGACUCCAAAAUCAGGAAACUGGACUGUGUAGAGUUGCCUGAUUUUGGAGUCUUCUAGAAAACCAUGACCUGGAUGAAUGAGAAUCUAUAUGGACAAUUGUCUGUUGUCUCACAUAAUAUGUCUCUAAAAGUUAUCUAAUAUUUACACAAGAGUUAUAAAGUCUGAUGGCUGUUGGUACAAAAGAUCUCCUGAAUCUUUCUGUCCUGCAGCCAAGAGAGAAGAACUGUCCACCACCAUUGGCCCUUUUGGUCCAUCAAGGUGUUGUGAAGUGGGUGAUCCAUGUUCUUUAGAAUAGACUCCACCUUCCUCAGUGUAGAUCUCUCCACCACAUCCUCCACUGAGUCCAGCUUUUGAUAUAAUGUUAAAUUUUGUGUUCGUUAAAAAAAAAUCAAUUGGCUCUGGAAAAACGGGCGUUUCGUUUUUAUUAUCAUAAAAUGGAAGACACUUGUUGCAUUAAUCAGCAGUGAACUACUGCAGCUCCACUUUACCUCUUUGCUCUAAAACACUUCUGUAAACUGACAUUCAGGGUCUGUAUUUCAGCAAACACAUAUUCUGUUUUUUUUGUUUUGUUUGUUUUUGAUGCUGGAAUCACAGCUUUGAAACAUUUAAAUAUUAUAUUUUAAUCUGUGAGACCACGACACAGUUACUUUAUCACAUUUUAACCAUUAUUUUGUAUGAUGUAUAAGUAUCAGGAUGGUUUACGAUAAGCAGGGCUGGCAUAUGACUGAUUCAACAUGCCAACAUUGGGACCUGCUUGAUUCCAGAGUCUUGCACCAUGUUGACAGGUCUGCAGGAAGUUGCCGCUUGUUUAUCAUAAGGUGCUGGAGUAAAUUUGUUCUUAUACAGUUUUGACUCCAAGUUAAAUCUAGAAGCAUAGCGGUGUUAUUGUUUUCUAUCACUGUAAGAGCUGAACUGCAGUGUGCUGAAAGAGACUACAAACAAACAAACGUCAUCUUUUUGAUGCAUUAAACCUCACAGCCCUUUUCAUUUGCCUGUCUGGGGUUUAAGUAUAUGAGGCACUGUGAAUGCAGAAUUUUUGCAAACUCUUUCAUAUCACAUGAGGAUCUCUUGAUUCUCUUCAUGUUGCAGGAAAACAAAGCAAACUGAGGCCGCAGGUGUUGCUUUAGAUUAGAGCUGGGCGAUAAACCCAAAAUUUACAGAUACCAAAAUUUACGACAAUAACUGACGUUGUUUUGCCCAUGUCAAUAUUUUCAGUGUCAACAAAAAAAAUAAAUAAAAGUUGGGUUUGGAUGUGUGUAGGUAGGCUAAGAGGGAAAGACAGGUGAGGAGAUGGAGGACGGUUCAAAAGUUGUAGCGGCUGAAGUAGACGAAGUUGAUGUGGGAGGGGGUGAGCAGCUUGUGGAGUAGUUAUCGUCCGUUUAUUGUUAUCGAGGUGAACUGAUCAAUAUAUCGUGAUAUUGAUUUGAAGUCAUAUCGCCAAGCUCUACUUUAGAUUCUGGAAAUCUAUCAGGGGUAUCUUGCAUUUCACAGAUGAAAUGUGGAUGGGUGCGUCUGUUAAUUUAAUUAAAUCAAAAAAGGAAACGCUGCAGCUCCAGCUGGGAUAUUUAGAUGCACAUUGAUAGGUCUUGUUAGAAAUGUUUUUAACUGACAGUAAAACAUUUGAAAAGUUGAUAAAAACACCUUCAUGUCACUGAACUUCAUAUAAUCCUGCACAUGAUGUCACAGGGAUACAUGAGUAGUGCAUCAGGGAGAGUUUGUAUUGCACGUCUCAGAGAAAUCUAAUAACUCCGCUCAUGAGCUGCUGUCUUCACCUCACACUGCACCCUGCUGCCUUCACUGUCCCUGCUCUGCGAGGACCUUCCAGUCCAAUAAAACCUCUCUAAAUUAAUGCUGGUGGGUGAGCGGGGUGUGGAGUAUGAGUUUGGGAAAAGCAAAGAGAGCUGGAGACAGAGCGAUGAGGCUGAGGUGCGUACAGCCGAGAGGGAGAGCAAAGCAAACAUUCCUGACUCGGUGUCUCAGCAAUUUAAUUAAGGUUUUAGUGAGAUGCUGCAGCGAGCACCUCGAGGUGAAGGCUUAACGCUGCACCCCCUCCUCUCCAUUUCCAGCUUGGACUAAUCCAGGGGGUCAGCUAAUAAGUGCUCGGGUCAUGCCACCAUGACAACUAAAUAGGGGUGAACCUGGAGGAAAGCUCCCCAAUCAGAGAGUUAAUAACCCCAUGAAGGAAGUUAAGCGGUACAAGGUGAGGAGGAUGGAGCCGGGGAUUGGACAGUGUGUGUGUGCAUGUGUGUUGUGUGUGUGUGUGUAAGUGAGGCUUCAGUUGUUACCAGCCACACCAACUUAAAGCCCCUCCUCUUACUGGGGUUUAAGAGCGCCCUGUGGUGCUCUGAAGUUACACACUCACCCCCACACCCUCCCCUCAGGGUCACAUUUCGGUCACUGUACCGCUGCUGCUGGAGGACAUUUUACAGGGGAAUAAAAUCAGUGACACAAACGGCUGUUUUUAUUUCCUACACUUUUCAUUUCUUCCUGUAACACGUGAUGCACCGAGGGCGACGCUUUUCUGAACUUUUCGUAAAAAACGGGUGCACUCUGGCUGUUUGAGGGGCAGGGGCGAUAAAAAUAAAAAGGGCACCUCUUGUAUGACAGGCGGGCACCGGGGCACAGAUGUUGUGAUUAAUGAAGAGCUACCUAGUAGCACUACAAAGUGCUUUACUUUGCACCAAAAAGGCAUCUAAUCAUCUUGCAUCCCUUGGUAAGGCAUCCAGAGUUAACCUUUUUAGUAGGGCUGUCCCGAUACAAUAUUAAUAUCGGAUAUCGGUCUAAUAUCAUCAGCUAAAAAACAAAUAUUGGAUUGUAUCAGCCUGUAUCCAAAAUCUCCGGUAUCAUCACUCUGAUACAAGCAGUCCAGAGUCCACUCCAGCACCUCUAGCUAGCGGCACCCAGAUCCAGCAUGCAGAGCCCACAUGAUCACAACAACAGUGUGUACUACGGUACUAACAAAGAAACAAGGAGUCGGAGUGAUGUCGGCUGUGUGGCAGUAUAUUUCGUUAAAGUCCGAAAAAGACAUUGCAGCUGUGUACAAAACUUGUCAUGCAUUUAUUUACUUUUCGGUUUUAUUUGGAAGGGGAUCCUGAGUGCACUUUUUACUGGAACUUUACUGGAAGGACAUCCAGAGUGCUCCUUACCUAUCCAGAUAGCAUAUUUCCAUGCUUUGUAUACUGGGAGGGCAUCCAGAGAGUACUUUUAUACGUUUAGUUUAUCAAGAGGAAAAGCAGAGGGAACUUUUCUAUGUUGUAUCCACAGGGAGACAAUCCAUUAAUUUUUAAAUUCAGGUAGGGAAUCCAGGGUUACAAGAUUUUUCAUAUCCUAGAUGGGCAUCAAGAGGAACUUUUUCACUUGUUUUAUGUCCUUGAAAUGGAUCCAGAAGAGCAUCAGAGUGGGCACCGUCCACAAGUUGUCAUUUGUAAGGGCAUUCAGAGGACUUUUUAUCAUUUUACCACUAGGGGGCCAAUCAGAGGUCAGUUUUCAUGAAUAUUAAAUGAGUGGGGCACAAGAGAUCACUUAUUAUUUACUACAGGGGCAUUUAAGAGGGCAUUCUGCUGUGAUUAUUUCUAUAUAAGGGCACCAGCAGGAGGUAAUUACUCAUUCUCCCUGCUGUUCCCGUCUUGAAUGUUUUUGCUGUGUCUUUUCCUGUUCUCUACAUCCACCGUGUUUUUAACCAGCAGCUGUGACAGCUUUACCGCCGUAGAGAGGCUCGCUCUCAGCCUCACCCCUCCGCUCGAUCUGUUUUCCAUCAUUUGCUCUCAGCCUCAUAUAUAUUCUUACUUAACUCCAUUUUUACAAGUGCCGUUCAGUCUACCUCACGUCCUUUUGAUACCCAGCUCCAUCACAGACGUCUUUUGAAGGGGCGCAGAUUCUGGCGAGCUACAGCGGUGCUGCAGAUAGCGGCGAGGAGUGCUCUUGCGUACUUUAUUCUCGGGUUUGUUUACACAUUUAAAGGAGCUUUUAGUUUGUGGAGAUUUUGGCGUCCCAUGUGGACAAAGUGACGCUACUUAUUUCUCAGAUGGUUUUAUUCUACAUAUGUUAAGGUUAUUUUUCCAGACAUAAAAUCUCAUGUAAGUUUCUCACUGCAGGUCUCAUUUCUCAUAACCCGGGUUUUUUUGAGUUUCAGUGCUUCUUCGGCUUAGCGUUUGCGGUUUAAUCACAACACAAUUAAAGUUAGAAAUCAGCCCAUUACACUUUAAAAUCAGAUGCUAUGUAUAAAGUUCCUACUUCGUACCAGACAGAAUAAAAAUCUUACAUAUUUUUUAUUUGUAAAAAUGAUUGUACUGAACUGGGAGGGAUUCAGGUGGACGUUUCUUAAUUGGAAUUGUGUGAACAGCAGCUUUGAAGACAAAGAGACCACAUCUCACAGUUUUGCGUUUUCUCACCGUCACCAGCAUGUUGAAGCUUGAACACUGCCUUUCUGUUUACUUUAAACACCAAAUCAAGCUGCACAUAAACAUGCGAGGGGAGGAGGUCUGGAUCCGUCCCCCCCUUCUUGCUGUUGUACAGAUGUGUCGUUGAGGUGGGCCGGGGCUGCUUGUCGGCUCAUUUGGGAGCGUUUAAGGAAGCGGGGAACACGCAGAUGGAGCGGACGUCCAGCGUCAGGCCUCUGACUGCUGAUAAAUCAUCCUGUUUUGGGGGGGUUGGGGGCUGACUCCCUCUCCUGAACAGGCCGACCUGGAGCUCUGCAAACACACUGAAACCAUUUACUGCAACACGCUGGUUCUCUAAUGUAGACUUUGCUUUAGUCCUGCAAACUUUUGACUAAUUCGUGUUUCUAAGUUGAGGGGGGAAAAAAGACUCCUCUGCAGGUUUAUCAGUGGAUUUUGCAAAAUUAAAUGCUAAUUGAUUUGGUUAUCUUUCAAACAAACAUGCAUGAAAGUAGCUGGGUCUCUCAGCUGACUUUUCAAACAUGCUAAUUUUAAAACGAUGGCAGCUAGCAUGGUUGCUAAAUGUGUUCUCAGUUAUCAGCACAUAAAAACACUUGUGUUACAUUUUUACAAGUUUCCUCCGACACCUGAGAAAUCCUAGACUCAAACAGACAACCAGCUCACCAGACUUUCCUAGAAUUCGACCCCCCCUUCCUCUUCGGCUUGACCACAGGGGAGGGUUUAGGGGUUGCUACUCCUUUACUAACCCUUGAAGCGUGUCUCUAAAUACCUUCCCCCCUCAUCCUUGCGGUGUGUUGUAUAAACACAGUGGUUCAGUAGGAAGGUAAAGAGCGUGACACAUAUAGACUCCUUGUAACAUUCCUGUGUGGUACCAGGAGGCACUGGGACAGAGAUACCUCCAACAUUCACGUUACCUAAUACAGAAAUACCAGACUGAGACCAUAAUCCCCAUAUGAGCAGGUUCUGCCUCACUUUCUGCUCUUUUUACAGCACAUACGUAGACCCCUAUGUGUGCUGGAUGUGUCUUUAAUAUUUGAAGUGGACACAGUUUUCGAGAAACUGUAAAAUUGGCAGUCAGGAGAUCGAAUUGCAAAGGCAUGACUUGUAAAUUGUGAUCGAAAUGUUGCAUCUUCAUCAAUAUGAUGUGCUUGACAACAAACCUGCACCAUUCGCACUGCACAUGGUUUCCCCUCCAUGCAAUUGGGGGAAACGUAAUUUUAUGCUAAAUUAUGUGCGCCGCAUCUGAAAUUUAACAUGAUCAUCAAUAUCAAUGCGCCAUUAAUGAUUUCUACUCGCACUGUGUGAGCACAAUAACACACAACGGUAUGUCCCACUUGUUGUGAGUCAUCAAGGAGCGCAUCAAAUCCUGUCGGACCCUCUUCCACUAAUGUCAAGGGUAACGUUUAAGCUUAUACACGGUCUGUAUAGCGAGUAGCGCGGGUAACAUAACGUGAAUGUAACAGCGUAGCUCCUGGAGCGGCAAGAGAGUGGGGGUAUCAACGACCCCCACACCACCACAGCUGCCAAAAUUUCUAGAGGAAACACUUCAUGCAUGAAACAAUAUACAGUUUAAGACUGUCAAACUUCAACACUGACAUCAUUAUUAAACUUCUAGAUCAACUGCGAGUGACCAACGAGGUAAACAAGACCAUCAGUGUAAACUUCAAACACUUCUUUAUUGUAGUUCAUUAUGUCUGACUCUUACAAACUGAAGCGUAAUGUUCAGACAAAGUCAUCCUGCUGCUUAUCUUUCAGAAUCUUUAUUUUAUCUGAAAAGUUUGUAUAAAAAAAAAAAAACUCACUUCUAGAAAUCGACAAACUCUCCAGACUAAAGAUAAAGAGUUUAUGUAAACAGAUUGUCUAGAUGACACCUUAUCUGUCUGAGGGCUGUAAGAUAACACACACCUGCGACAUGCAGCAGUUCUUGCACGGCCUGCGGGCGAGGGGAGGAGUCUGUGAGUCGUUACGUGAGCAGGUCUGGGGGUUUGGGUGUGGUAGAUUAGGGGAAGCCCACCUUCCAGCCCUCUUUUUCUGAGCCCUUCACUCUUUUUUUGUGUCCUGGGGGCACAUAGUCUACCUCUCUUUCAUCCCUAUUCAACAGCCCUCAUCCCUCUACACACACAAACACACACAUGCUGACUGGAGGGAGACAGUGACUCUGGGGCUGCAGAGGCCUCACAGAGCUCUUCAAAGAGCGGGGGUCUGGAUCUGAGGGGUUCUAAACAGGUUAAAGUCACAACAGGUGAGGACAGGCGCUGUUUGACACACCAGGCGUGUUGGUUACCAUGGACGCGUGCACUGCAGUGAGGACCACGCUCGUGUCGUGUGUGUGUGUCUGGACGUGUGUUAGAUGGCUGAGCCGCGGUCGCCUCAGGUAAAACCUUGAGCUACCGUUUGUCUGCGCUGCAUGUGGUGUCGUGUUUCUUUUUUACGCUGCUUUUGUCGAGCGGUCGACAUGUAAACUGUGUUACUGUGCAACAGCCAGUCUGGGUGUGUCUGAGCGCAUCUGAACUCAUGAAUUGUUGUUGAAGCGGGUGGAGUAAAAGACGGGGAAGGUUAUUCAUGUUAUUAAAGAAAAUAUGCUGUAAAGAUUCACAUAUUUGCUAAAGAUCUCGCUCGAAGCAAGCAAGAUGGCCUACAGUCAGAGCUGAGAUCCAGUUGAGUGAGUUUUCUUCUAAAAUAUGUGCUCAGUUUGUUCAUUCUUACAGGACUCGUAUGUUGACCUUUUACCUUCAACACGAAUGACGUUAGUUUUAAAGGAAGGAAACAACAACAACAUCAAAUUUUGGCGAAGGAUUUUACAAACUACACCUCACCUACACCCUUCGUAGAAAAGAGUUCCAGCUGUGAAGACGUCAUGACAGUAUGAUCUGAUGGUAGCAUUAGCAAGCAGCUCUAAAUACUCUAAAUUGUACUUUUUCCAGCUGUAGCUUUUCAGUCUUUACUUUGUUAUAAUGACAUUUAUGGCACUUUUUACUGCAAAGAUUCAGGACCUCACAGCGGCAUCAAGACCUCUUUCCUCAAGAAACAAACUGGUGAAAUACACAAUCAGACAGCAGCUAAGUUUGACUCGAUUAGAGAGACCGGAUAAAGACCAUAAAUAACCAGGCGACAUUUAUCACACUGGGUUAGACUGGAGGUCAGAAUCAUCUUAAAGGAGACAUAUAAUGAGUGAUGAGGAAGUCACUGCGCACAAGGGUGGAUCGAAUCGAAAUUAAUGAGCGUAAAUGGAUGUUGAGUCUUUCAUUUGCAGCUUCCUGAAUGGAUAUAAAGUAAAUUACACACUGGAUAGAGUUUAAUUCAUCGCUUGGUGAGAGAUGAUGUGUGAUUGAACCCUAAUGGGUCAGAGUGAGUCAUGCAUUAGUGCAAGUUUAUCAACAGAAGCGUCUGCUAUUUCAGCUGAAUCACGGCUCUGUCUGCAGGUGUGGCAGGAAACUCGUCCUUCAACAAAUUAAACCGGGAAAAUAACGACUGAUGUGACGUUACUGGCCCACAGUCAGACAUUGUGUUUGUGCAGAGUGAUGAGAAGUUAAUCUCGAAGUCUAUUUGCUGAAAGUACAGUUGCUGUCUGUGUUGUACUGACAUCAUGAGCCCUGUACUUCCACUCUUAAACCAAUGUGAAAUUCUCCUGUAUUAUGGUAUUUUACCCAGAAGAAGUACGAAGCAGUAUGGAUAUAUACUGAGGCACUUUUUAGCUCCUUUUUCUUCAUUAGGUCAUAUUGAUGCAGUGGGGGUUAAAUAUGAAAUAAAUAAACCGUGUGGAGGGCUGCUUAAACUAAAAAAGACUCAGUUUCAGAUGACAAAUGAGCAGCAGAAGGAAGUGACCUGAGUCUCAAAUUAUGUGUUUCUCUCACUUAGCGUUGCAACUGAAAAGCUAAGCUAAGCUACUUUACUGUGAGCUGACUUCAUCAUAAAAACAACCAGCACUAGAAAGAGCUACACAUCUGCGUAAAGACGACACAUUGCUGAACGGGAUAAAAGUUUCAAGACAAACGGUAUAAGAACAGGAUUGAAAUCCUAGUGCCACUUAAAUUAUAGGUCUUCAAGGUAUGUUUUAAUUCAUCAACAUCCCUGCUCGCACGAAUAUUUCUGUCCUCUCUUUACAACUUAAUGUGGGAACUUUACAGAAGGGAGAACAGGGAAAUACUGGCGAUAUUAUCAAGGUGAAAACUUUUGCCUGUGCACCUUAACACGUGCAGCUCAGGCUGAAAAUUUUUUGGAAGUUUCCUGAAGUUUUGUGAAGACAGCUAAAGUGACAGAUCUGGAUAUCAUUCACAGAGUUUCUGAGGUGCUCAGCUUCCAGAGCAGUGAGAGUGAAGGUAUUCAAACAACACACGGUGGCGAGUUAUAAGUGUUAGAAACUGUUUCUGUCGAGUCAUCCUAAGUGUUGUUUUAUGGUACGGCAAACUUUAGAUCAAAAAGUAGCAACAAGUACUUUUUAAAAGAAGGUCCUAAGGUGACAGCAUGAAAAAGUUCGGAAAUUUGGAGUCAAAGUAAAACAAAAAAACACUGAUUUUGAAAAUGUAAGAUGAUCACACAAAAGUCCAAAUUACGAAAAAGCUAAAUGCCAGAGAAAGUCCAUAACUUGAAUACUCAUACACCGAUUGUUGAGUAGGCACAGCUCCUCUGUCACUGACACACACACUCUCGAUCACACAUGCAUGCACACACAAUCACAGUGUCUUCCUUGGAGGCCUCAGUGCAGCUGGCAGGGGAUUAAGAGGUCAGGAGUCAGAGGCGAGGACCAGUCAACCCACAGACCGCGACAAGAAACUGACGAAGCAGAAGAGAGAGAGGGAGAGAGAGGGGGAGAGAGAGAGAGAGUGCUGAAUCAGAGCUUACAAAUCACACUCCCAAAAUAAGAAGGAACCUCCUCUUCAGACAGAGGAGGUUGUUUUGGUUCGCCAUGUUUGCUGUCGACCCAAAGCUGACUGUCUGGUGAUGCUCGGACCACCUCGGAGAGACAAGCACAUCAAAGCAGCACGUUCAGGCUUGUGCGAGAAAUUCGUCUGUUUCUCAGUUUGUUUAUCACGACGAGUGCAGGUAAAGGUCAGGAUUUCAACACUCUGAGGCGCUCUCAUUGUCAGACAUCUGAAUAGUUAACGUCAAGUUUAAUAACGAACAGGACAGUGAGCAAAACUGUAUGAAAACAAGAAGGGAUAUUAAAAAAAGAUGAAAGUCAUGGGGUUAAAACGAUUCAAAACUGUAAAAGUGAGAGUGUUUUUGUUCAUUAAACGGCCUCGUCUGGCGCUGCUGUGAGAAAAAGCAAAGGCAGAGCAAAGCACUGUAUUUUCUUCAUGUGGUUUUGUUGGCUGUAAAAAUGGGAGUCAGAUAUUACAAUAUGCAGAGAGGCGUGAAUAAUUACACCGAGCAAACAACUGUGAGUAUGAACUAUCAACACAUCAAAGUUAUUGUUUUGGACUCGAGUUUUAUCCUCAUUAUUCACACGUGGAGCCCAGAAUGGAUAUAGCAAACAAAGUGGGUAUGCUGAUUGUAAAACGUCCAAAAGACAGAGAAAAUAAUUUAUAAUUUGAGUUUAUGUGGCUCUUAAAUGGACCCUUUAUCUGCCCACUGAACCCAGUGCAACUGUCUCCGUGGGCGAGCCUGUUUUCCUUCCCUUUUUGAACGUGGACAUGUUGUUCACAGAUGAGACGCCACUUCAAAGAGUUGCUAAGUGGAUCAAGAGUUAUGCUGCAGCAGCGUUUUAAUCCAGACUGGCAGGGCGGGGGAUGGGGGUGGGGGGGUACUGUGUGAACUGGCCUGUUCGGUAGACUGACAAGAUUAUUAAGUAUAGAGGAUAAAAUUUUGUCUUUUUCAUGUUCAAUGAAAAUGAAGCUGAAACACUCAGAGCUCCCCCUGGUGGCCGGCUGCAGUAUGAGUAUUUAGAUUAAGAAAUCUUGGCUUAAAAAUAAGUCACCAGAUCAGUGUUAGCGGAGAUUUGGUAUCACUUUUUCUCACUGGGAGGAGAUGGAGGUGCAUCAUCCAUAUUUAGGAAUAACUGGGUUUUGGUCACGUGAUUAUGAUGACACGAGAAGGCGGGGGCGCUUUCAGAUGGAGGGCAGGAAGUAAACAUGGAGAACACGUACAUAGAGCAAACCACUGCAGAGAGUCGGUUUUGUACGAAUGUAGAUCCAAUUUCAAGACAAAGAUACGAGCAAUUAAUUAGCAAAUACGUUGGAUGUGAGUUUUCAAGAUUUGCCGACAAUCAAGGCUGUUGAUAUCACCAACUAUCUGGUCCUUCAGACAUCCCACGACACCAAACAGCAGAUGAAAGCCUUUAAAAGUCUGGAGGCAUAUGACUUUUUUGUCAGCAGUUGGGUCCACAACCUCGAAACGAAAUGUUUUUUCGGUUAGUAACCGAAGUUGACUGUCGGAGCCCAGUCUACCGACUCAACGUCGCCCAAAGCGCGAGGGCAGCCUAAAAAGUCCAGAUGAAGUCCAAAUAAGUCUACCAAUAACUUAAUCCUAAUUAGUAUGUAAAACGACCACAGACAUCGGUUUAAAAUACACAUUUUACGGCGUUGUUCUGUGAAUUUUCUCAUCUUUGUGUGCGAAGAUCUUAGGCACUCGAUAAAACUUAUAUUCCUUUUCACGAUUCAAACAAUUCCAGCAGCCGUAAAGCCCACAAAACAUCGGCAUUCUCUCAGACAAAUCUUCAGUAAAUAAACAGUAAAGAAACACUUCCUGCCCUCCAUCUGAAUUUCGCGCUCUCGCAGUGCAACAUUAUGACAUCACGUAAAACCCGGCUAUUAGCUGGCACACUAAAACAUAUACCCUAGGUAAAGUCAUUGUACAUCAGUCAUUAUUUGAGGAAAUAAAUUGCACGAAAUGAAAAGAUUCAAAUUAUUACUCUUGUAGUCCAAUACCCGCUGGACUCGUUAUUAAAUUUAACCGAGGAGACUGUGUUUAUUUCUUUCUGUCAGUUCUGUGUAAUCAGUGAAUGCGUUAGCCAUGGCUGCUAGCUAAACCAAGACCCUCCAUAAACACAGACGGACCAGCUCAAGUCCAAGACAAGCAGUCAGCGGGUCAGUCUGCUGCAGGAACGCCGCUCUUUACCAAAACACACCAGACUGUUGCUCUCAUUGGAACAGAUGGGACGAAUUAAACAAACUGAGGUUGCAGAGAUUGAUGGAGUCAUUUCACAGCCUCAUAGCAAGACAAUGAACUUAAUAUAUCCGUGUGGAGUUUGAGUAAGUCGAUGCUUAUUUUGGAGACUUCCUGAAAUUCCCCGAUCAUCACAAUUUGACUGCUGCAAUCAUUCAGAAAGGCUGGAAAGGUCCAUAUAAUAUGCUGCAACUCCUCAAGCUUCACAGCGGUGACUGAUAAACCAAACAUACCAUUAACUAAACUUGUUGCCCAAUCUGGAAUCUGGUCAUAUAAAUGUCUGCCUCAUUAGAGUGAGUCACAACCGGGCUGAGGGGAAACAAAUGCAGCGCAGUCUGUCAGCCAAAGGGCAACAACACAUCAGGGAUGGUGUGCCGGACAGCUGGGUAAGCAAACAACACGGCGCAUUGAGACAUAACUGUGAGUCUGCUCAGUAAUGACCCCACAGUUGAUCAAACAUACAGUAUUUUCAUAAUUAGCAGUUUGAAGAACAGCUGAGCCUACAGAGGCGUUUACAGGACUUCAUCUGAACCGUUUUUGUGGCUCACCUCGUUCUUACUCGAUAAAUUUUCAGUUUGUAUCAGAAGCAUCAGAGGGGCAAAAACUUGAACAAAAGUUAUUAUAUAAUAUGGUUCUGGUCCAAUACUGUGGGACUAGUUUGGCCAAAUGUUUGCUCCAUUUGGGCGCAGUGACUGUAAGAAAUAAGAGCCAUUGAAAGAAAGUACCUAAAGGUGCAGUAUGUAGUAUGGGAACAGUAAUAUUUAUACAUACGCUUGAAGGAAAUUAACUAAUGGACAUUUUUCGCUGUAAUAAGUGGAAUAUCAUAAUUUUGCAUCACAGGAGCUUUUUGUCCUUGAAGGUAGGGGUGUCCCGAUACAACUUUUUUACUUCCGAUACGAUACAGAUAUUGUAGCCUUCAGUAUUGGCUGAUGGCACAAACUUGUGCAUGACAAGUUUUGCACUCAGUUGCAAUGUUUUUUUGGAAUUUAACGAAAAAUAGUGCCACACAGCCGACAUUACUCCCUCACACUGUUGUUGUGAUUACGUGGGCUCUGCAUGCUGCUAGAUAGAGGUGCCGGAACGGAGUCUGGAAUGGACUGCUUGUAUCAGAGUUCUGAUAACCGAGAUAUCCGUUUUUCUUUUGCUGAUAUCGGACCGAUAUCCGAUAUAAAUAUUGUAUCGGUUCGAAUGGUUUCCUACUUGAAGGCCAACAUUGCCUCACUGACCAGAGGGGUGAGCAAGGGAGUUUUUCAACACACACUCUGACAAGAAAAGUAUUUCUUAGUGAAAUGUACCAUCCUAAAGUGCAGUGCUGUCGAAAUUUUCCUACAGGGUGUCAGCAGGAAGCAGGAAGACACUGCAGCGGCAACUACAGUCAGCAAUAAGGGACAAAAUGGUUCGCAAGUCUAAAAGAAUCAGGUAUUUAUUUCAGACCUUAUUGUGAUCCUAUUGUGAUCUACGUUUUAACACGGUUACAUGAUCCUGAUGAUAGAGACAGAUGCAGACCUGAUGGAUUGUUGUCAAAUGCAAUCUUCCUGAUUUGUACAUACACUUUUUUCUUUGCUCACACUCAGACUCACACCAUGUUUGGGUUUGUUGUCCAGCAGUUUUACUGACGUGUUAAAACUCACAGAUUUUCCCAUGUGUUUGAACCGACCCGAUAUUAUCUCCAAAGGAAAGUUACAGGAGCGCAACGUCCCUCUAACUGGCCCGUUUAACUCCUUUAAAACUCAUCUAAGCUUCAAACACUUAAAACUUUUUAAGUAUAAAGAUAAAAAUCGGAUCUCUAUUAGUCUCUUCUGCUCUACGGUUAAUUUCUUCUUCUAUAUCAUUAAACUUUCACGUCAGAAAUGACUCAAAAAUACUUCCAAAACACAGAAAUCAAUUAUGCUAUCAACGGAAAAUCAAACGAGGUCACUUGUAGCUGUGAGGGGAGCAAGUCUGCGUGUUUUUGUGUGUGUGUGUAAGUGUGUGUAUACUUCAUCCAUCCACACAAACACAACAUCGUUUUUCUCCCCAUUUCCUGUGUAAAUUUCCCAUCAAGCCUCAGGGCGUCUUUCAAAGUCGUGUGUCAGCGCCUGCUCUGCAGCCGAGCGUGAAGUCGCCAUUCCUUCACAUUUCUGGCCUCCGUUCACUCUUAACAUGGUGUGUGGUGAGGACAGCAGGAGACUCGGCAUAAGGUUGAUAUGUUUGCAACCGAAAACAACCAAAGAAACCAAACAAGCAAAAGCAUUUGAUAAAAAAUUUUUUUACCAGUGCCUAAAAGUUUAUUUUUUUCUACUUUUUUCCAUUUUUUGUGGAUGUUUUGACACUUUAAAAUGUCAGAUUAGGACAUAGUUUUAUAGUUUAAACAAGAAACUGGUUGAUUUUAGAGCAGGGUGCUGGUUUCACAACUUUAACUUUUGAAAGUCUUUGACAGCACUUUCUUUAACUCCUCCCCUUUUCACACCUUGAUUCUCGGGUCGUCCUUCAUAUUUUUCACUCUUCUCACGAAGCUUCUUUCUUCUUUUGUUUGCCUGUUUGCUCUAAAUUAUCUUGAAUUGGGAUAUUUUUACACCAAAGUCGGUGUAAACGGAUGUUAAAGUUAGUCUCUUUGGAGUUUAGGUUGCUCAUUCAAAGUUUUAGGCGUUUGAUCAGACUCUUGGCUAAUCCUGCCUGUGUGGAUUGUACUUACAUACAGUAUAAGUAAUAGGCUCCAAUAUGAAAUCAUUUUAAGAAAAUAUUCAGGCCCACAAAUCUUAAUCAGAUUAUUUGAUUAUGACGAUGUUAAAAAAAUUAAAAUGCUUGAAUCAAUUUUCCUCUUUAUCUUGUCUCGCACCUCCAGGCCACCGUAGGCUCCCCCUUCCUGCAGGAGUACCCCACAGAAAAAAAUCAGGAUUUUAUUUUAUGGCCAAAAUCGUGCAGCUCUAGGCCCUACUUCGUCAUCUUGAACUUUCAAGGGUCAAAGUGACAAAAACAAAACAAAAACUAACACCGCGUGUCAACAAGUCUUCAUCUCCAGACUUAAUUUGAAGUGUGUUUCGCUUGCAAGCUUUGAUGACAUUCAAUAAUGAAGAGACUUUUUUUUUUUUUAUAUCAAGUUUAAGUUCACCCACUUUCUUGCGAAACAAGAAAAGUAUCAGUAGAAAUAAAUCCUGUAAGUCCAGGGGCAGAAAAUACCAUCCCACCUUAAAAAAAACAAACACAGGGGGCAAGACAGAGUGUUAACAUGACCUCUGACCUCAUGCAACUGAAUCACCGGUGGGGUUAUUUGAGCUGCUUUUUGAGCACCACUUACAGCUGCAGAGACGCACAGUACAGUCGACUUCACACGGGACUCAGAGUGAGCAGCUCCGUAUUUAAGGUGAACGUUCACGAGUGUGUUUCCCUGCCGACUGUGAGACGUGAGCAGACAAAAGAGGGUCUGGUUUCUGUCUUGAUUAACGGCCUGUCGACGAGAUAAGCGCUCUGAUUAAUUUACGUGUUUAUGUGUGAUGUCAUCAGCAGUCCAAACCAAUCAAAUUUGAGAGUUUGGGUAAACAGUCAUGGUUUCUGCAGAAGAGAGUCACUACAUGACUGCUCCAUGAAGACUGACUUUCUGCACAUUACUCAUCUGGCUCAGCAGGGCCGCUCUGUAGCCACCCUCCACCCUGUGCAAAUUACGAUAAGGAUCUACUCUUGUAAACUUGUAAACCAAGCAGACGUCCAGACAUGACUCUGAGCAGCACCGGAAAGAGUUAAAAAAUCAGAUUUGUCUGUUCCUGCGGUAAAGGCGGCCUUUGUUUCAGGGUCGUGAACCGGCCGAGGUCACUGGCUUCAACUGAGCCAAACAAACACACACGCGGUUCAGUUUGCACUAAUUGAUUCCUCUCUCCAGCAGGGACAAGAAUGAGAGCUGGUGUGUGUCUAAGUGUGUGUGUUUACUUUAAAGAGUCUAUCAGGAGUUUAAGUAAAUAGAUAAGUGACAAAGUAAACACCCAUCCCACACACACACACACACACAGAGGCCAACACAACUUCCUGGUUAACAGUUCGUAUCACAAACUAUGAGCUUUCUCUUGGUUCAUAAUCUCAAGGUGAACCCUUUCGCCAAUUAUAAUCCAAUUAUGAGUGUGUGUGUGCGUGAACAUGUGUGCGUCCUGACUGGCAGUUUUUCUAGAAGUCCCCUCAGCAGUAAAUCCGUCCCCACUCUCUGACCUAACUCGGGGUUAAUGAGGUGAUCCAGCAGCAGGGGGGAGACGGCUGGCAAAGACUUGGGCUGUGUUUCACUUUCUGUGCGAGUACAUGUUGCAGAGGCAGCGUACACGGCGUGAAGGUGUGUUUGCACGAGACAAAUAGGAUCUGCAGUCGUGGGAUUGUAAAUAACGGCGCUGAUUGUUUGUGAUUUUCCGGUGUGAAUGCGCUCUGCCUGUAAAUUUCCAGCUCUAAUGACUGAGCAGGUUUUGGUGAUGACAGAAGUCCCAUGAUAACACCAGAGCGUGCAGUUCGUAACCUACUGCAGAGGUCGUAAUGGAGUCACAGGGGCUUUUCUUUGCACAGAUUUCAAAUAUAAAUGUGCAAAAACUUUGCAAGUUCUUCAAUAAAGUCCAAUAUAAAAUGUAUUCUGCACAAAAAUGUCUGGUACAGUUGUAAUUAUUCUUCACUAAAGCUGACAGCGAAGUACAAAGCUGACAGGUGUUUACAUGCUGACUUUUCUGUCAUGCAUGGGUCCUUAUUGAGCCUGAGUGCCAAGAUCACAGUUUGAUGAGACCCUUUUUCUGAUUUAAACAAGCCCUAAAAUCUGCAGAAUAAAGUCCACUUACAGACUGUGUGAUCCAAUAUGGACAUUCUUGCAAGAGUGCAGAAGAGCUGAAAUCAACAUUUGGGCUCCUGUGAGGAUUGUUGUGUUUGUGUUAACUUUGGCGCCCCCUGUGGACAAAGCAGUUUAGCUCAUUUUGUCCACUUCACGCUAAAGUAAAAUCUCAUCCUGCUGACUUUCAACCAGCGAAUCUUUCAUUUAUUUAAAAAUGACAACAAUGCUACUAAUUAAAAAAGUUAAGAGCACACAAAGAACUUUAGGGGCACAAUGAAAAUUUUUCAAAUAAUGUUGGUCUUGUGGUCGACAUAAGUACUAUUAUUUGAAAUCAAUUUUAGGUCAAUUGGUCACAUGACAUGGAAGCUAUUGAAGGUAAACAACCUUUUCUGAGAACAUCAACCGGUAAUUUUUUAAUGGUAUUCAACACCCGACGUGACAGCAUAGGAUGCCAUGUAGAUUUAACCGCGCUGCUGUUACUAUUCCUGGUUAUGGAGAGGAGAAGACACCAGUAGAUCUGCAGUGAAUGUCCGUCGAAUAUCCAACCUCAAACUAACUUAACCGUGGUAUUUACAUGAAAAAACAUUUGUGGCCUCAGCUAAAUUUUUUAUGCACACAUGUGACCCUAAAUACAUUUUACAAUUCGCACACAUCUAUUUUUAGUUGCAAAUGCGAGUGAAAUGGUCGCCCUGUCGAGCCCUGACCAUAAACUCUCAAAAUUAACUGUCGUGUCCUCUUUUUGGGGAUUCAAAAUAUGGUUCACCAUAAUGUUUCAGUUAAAUGUUAAAAGAUACACGAUCCGACCCGCAAAACUCUCAAAAUUAACAGUCGUGUCCUCUUUUUGGGGAUUCAAAAUAUGGUCACCAUAAUGUUUCAUAAAUAUUAAAAACUAACUUUGCAGUCUUGAACAAAGGCCCAAUUCCAGAUAAGCUCAGUCCAGUUGCCACAAACACAACUCCUCAUUCUGGACCAAGUAUGAAAACAGUGCCACAGCAUGCUUCAGUAAGAUGAGAACCGGGUUUAGUGUUUGUAUUAAAGCAGAGAUAAGCAGCAAUGCUACAGUAUGUGUCCGGACUUGCAGAUGCUGGAAGGGAGGCAUCCACCACCCCUGACUCGCCCCCACAGUCCAGCCCAACCUGCACCCUGCCAGAGGCCACACUUUGGUAACUGACAGCUGGGCUUAACAAGCGUGAAGGGGCCCCUUUAUGGGUAAGAGUCCCACAGGUGAUCAUCAGUCAGUAAUCAGGCCUGGAGGAGGGAUGGAGGGAGGCAGGAGAUAAAGGGGUGACGAGUGGUGAUAAGUGAAGUAUGUGUGACUCUGAAGCUGUAAGAUGUCAGGGUGCAGUCGGGAAGAGAUUCAUGAAGAAGUUUUGUGCGCGGAAAACAAGGCGAGUGGAAAACACCGCCAACCUCUCCAGGAAAAUAUUUACUGCUUCUGCGGCUUCUGUCGGCAUCUCGGCUUCAGGCUAGAUGCCGUUUCCAGAUGUAAACGGCUCAUUAAGAUGAGCGACAAGUGAUGGCGGGGCAGGAACUGACAGAUCAGAGCAGUAGGAGUGAAGAACUAAUAAUACACCUCACUACUUUGAGAUGAUAGGUUCAGCCUAUAGUACCCCCUAAAAUACUUUCUUACCUUGUCUUUAUGGACCCCAGAUUUGGGAAUUGUGUUCAAGGUGACCCCUCAAACUCAGUUUUUCAGCUGUUCCUGUGAGUUACAGACCGUGCAUACUUACUGACGACUGCAGAGGUUUUAUUGAGUACUCAGAAACAUGUCUGAGUAACUACACGAUCCGAUACUUCCACGGAAGGAUUACACAAAUUUGUACAAGCAGCUGGAAGGGUAGGAAAGAAAAGUGUGGACAUGUUUAAGAGGGUUGCUUGUUCUGCCAGUUGCCUGCUGGCACACCUGUAUGAAGGCGAGUACAGGUGACAGGCUAAUUUUCAGUCGUUGACAGACAGUUUCGGGCUCGGAGCCAGUGGAGCGUGCAGGCAUAUAAAAACACACAGUCAACCUUUUCAUUCAGGACUGCUUUGGAGCGGCGACCGCAGGAGGACUCGGCGUGCUUGUGGCGCCGCGUCGCUGGCGUUAAGACUUUCAUCACCUCAGUGGAAAAACCGGUGUCGCAAAGAGUCAACCAGGAGCAGGGUGUGUGCCCAACUGUGCCACGAGCAAACACCAACCUGCUCUCCUCUUCUUCUACUUCCUUUGAUACUCUGUGCUUCAUGCAAACUGUGCUCACAUGGAGAGUUUGUGCAAUCCAAAGUAGACCAACUCUAGUCUCCUUAGAUUUCUAUUCAAGAAGUUUAUUCAUUUAAACUCUGAUUGCAUGGACAUGUAAUUGGAUUAAGACCUUGUAUGGUUUGUGAACUAUGGAUGGCUGUAUGGAUAACAGGGUUCACAUUGAGGUUAGCUGCAAAAAAAGGACCGCUAAUACCGCUAAUUGUUUGUAGCUGUAAAAUCACAAAAAGAGGUUGAAGUUUUCAAAGCAUUCAACAAAAUGUUUCACAAGAGGCGCAUUUUUACAUUUUCACUCUAAAUAGUCACAAAAAGUUGAAGUUUCAUUGUCAAAAGUCAGCCGAAUGAGUCAAUGUGUCUUAGAAAACAUUCAAGAAAUGUUAGUACACCUGUGUAGAUCUGCAAAUAAAAGUCUGUUUCACUAAGAAUCAUAAACUGUGCAGAAAACUUGUUUAGUGUGGAAUAAUCAUGAUUGUUGCUUAUCUUGAACUGGAGUAUGUUGGUGUACUCUGUACCUGACGUGGGCUUCGCUAUAAGCCAGCUCCCUGUAGCUCCGAGUCAGUGGAGUCAUGGGUCAAGGCUUCAGUUUGUCUCCUACUCCUCAAGGUUAGACCACAAGGAAGUUGGUGAGUUAAGAUUACAAACUCAAUCUUUCAAGAAUGGGUCAAAACAUGUUCUACCAAAGUAAAGGUUUUGUAACUGUAAAGACUGCAAUGAGUGAGUCAGCUGGCGGAAAUACCAGAGCUCUAAUAAUGAAAUACCAAAAGGCAAUUAAAGGUUUCCUGAAGUUUCACCUGUUGAACUGUGAGAAAGGCUUUUGUUUCUAUUCCUCUGAAACUUUAACAAACACACAAACUUCUCUAGUAUCAGAAAGUUGUCUCAGCAGUUCUAUUUAGAUCUAUUUCAUCUGGAAUCCAAAUCUGCCUGUUCGGUUUUGCCCACAAACUUCUCUGCAGAUUAUAACAGGCAGCGUCUGGUAUUUUUCUGGCGAGGGGUUGAUCCACUGAUCCCUUUACAGCAAACUUUCCAAAACUCCAGGGCUGAAGGAUCGAGGUCUGACAAGCAGCAACAGCACACCUUAAUGUCACUCUACAUGUUUAUCAUAGCAGCAGCAGCAUAGUUGGCAUCUCUGCCAUACCUGACUCAGACAGCAAAAAACACACUGGCGUCGCUAAGGCUGCCUGGGCCACUGAUGAUGAUGAUGAUGAUGAUGAUGAUGGACUCAUUAACUGCAGUUAGUGCAGUCUAUGUCAUAACCUGUAUUGACCUGAAUUUAAGAUGGACUUUUUCACUCAUGACACAUCUGAAAAAAUCGGAUCGUCUUACUGUAAAAUCCACUCCUUCCGUGAGAUCGACAGUGUGUAUCUGUAACAUCCAGGUUUUCUACUCUACUUUAAAUUUCCAGAGACUAUCCAGAUCUAAUCCUUUAAAAAUGUAGAUAUUUUGUGAUGAUUUGUGUGGAAUAUUUUUAGGGAAAUAAUGCUAUUUCUGUUGUUAGUUGGCCAUGCUAAUAAAGGCUCCCAUCUCGGUUUUGGUUCAUUAACCAUUUAGAGGCAAAUUUGGUGAUCACUUGACCUGUAAAGGUUCAGUGAGAAGCCAUGCAACCUAUGACAUACAUCACAGCCUGCACAUGGUGUAGAAAUCUAAAAUACAGAACUGUUUAAGUAGAUAUAUCAUUGCGGGCACUGCUCUGCACACUCCUCUUCACGCUAGCUUGCAGCCUAACAUUGCCGGUGAAGUAGAAGUGGCAGGUAACAUAGGAACUAUUCAGCUCUCAGACACUGUCUUUAGUGGCAUGGUGAAAGCCAAUAUCAUAAUUAGCUUUCUUACGAGCAUUGCAAUCUGCUAAUGUACACGCUUGUUCCGCAAUUGUCCUUUCUAUUUCUCUGAGUCUGACCUGCAUAGCAGAGUUCAGGGGGCGGAGUUUGGAUUUGCUAUGAAGGAAACUUCACUGUCUGAACCUGCUGUUUGGGUCUGCCAGAGAUUCACAGCAAUUUGAAUGCAGAAAUACUCAGAAAUUGCAGAAAUGCAAUUUUCACUUAUUAUUCUCAUAUGUCCUGGAGUGUCUGAAAAAGGCCAUAUGAACAAGUAGACAACAAGAGAAACAUGAUUUUAAGUAAAAUAUCAUCCCGCUGACUUUCAACCAGCAAAUCUAUCAUUUAUUUAAAAAUGACAACAUAAAAAUUAUCUGCUAGAAAUCCAAAAUACAGAACUGUUUAAGUAGAUAUACCACUGCGGGUUAAUUCUAGUAUCAAUAGAUCUGUGCUCUUUUUUGUGCUUGAUUUACACAUGAUCAUUUUGUAUUUCAUUCAGCUGCCAAAAUCAUGAUACUGACAAGAGUAUGCAUAUCGAUCAUUACAGUCAGAUUAGCAAGAUUAAGAUGCAAGAUUGAGGGGUGAAUAACAGCUAACAUCUCGACCAAUCAUUUGUGGACAUCUGUUUCUAGAGGGCAACAAAAGCUCACUAGUAUCUACAUGAUAAUUUGGCAUGUUUCUUAAGCUGCUGGAAAAACCUAAUCUCUUCUACUGUCUCUCAGAAAUCUGCUCAUGAAAAGUUCUAUUAAUAGUUUGUGUUGUGCUGAAGUCGAGCUGUGAAAAUAUGAGCGCAGCAUUCUUGGGGCAGACACCAGAACCUCACCAUGACCCUGGCUGUGACCUGUGACCUCUGAACUUUGACUUCCACAUGGAGGCUAAAGAAUUACUGAGCUGUAUGUAAACCCAUUUCUGUCCAAGACAAAGAAGCUGACUGUUCGGCCUUCAGUUACUCGCGUUGAUGCAGGAAAAUCAUCAGAGACAGAAUCGCCACGGUCAAAGUCAAACAUACAAAGGGGGAUUAGGGCCACAUGAAGAAAAAAAAAAAUUACAAGAAGGAGGUUAAAGUCGAAAUUUCGAGAUUAAAGUCAUAAAUUCGAGAUUAAAAAAAUCAAAAUUAUGUCAAUAAAGUUGAAACUUCGAGAUUAAAGUUAAAACUUUGAGAUUACCAGAUGUCAAAAUGUUGUGAUUAAUGUUAAAUACGAGAUUAAAAAAAAAAAGAUUUUGAGAUUAAAGUCAAAAUUUUUUAGAUUAAAGUUAUAACUUUGAGAUUAAAAAAAAAAUCUAAAUUAUGUCAAUAAGGUUGAAAUUUUGAUAUUAAAAACUGAAAUUUCAACAUAAAGUCAAAGUUUUAAAAGAUUAAAAAUUUGAGGUUGAAGUCGAAAUUAUGAGAUCAAAGUUGUAAUUUUGAGAUUAAAAAUCGACAAUUAUGUCAAUAAAGCCGAAAUUUCAAAUUUAAAAAUUUAAAUUUCAAGAUUACAAAAUGUCAGGAAUAAUGUUGAAAAUUUGAGAUUAAAAAAAUUAGAAUUUUGAGAUUAAAGCAAAAUUUUGAAAUUAAAGUCAACAAGAAUAAAUUUGAAAUUUUAUCAGCUGAAUCGUUACCUCAAGAUUAGAAUCGAAAUUAGGAGAUUAAAGUCAUUGCAAAUAAAGAUGAAAUUUUAUGAGUAAAGUCAUAAUGUUGAGAUUAAUGAUAAUGAAUCAACAGCACUGUCGCUCCUCACUCAACGACAUGUCCAGUUUCGCCAGGGUUUGGCCCUUAAAUGACAAGAUUAAGAAGGACAUCAGCUCACAGAGAAUAUGUGAGAUUCACCAAAGAGUCAGAGAGUGGUGGAUGUAAUCAAUUUUUAAAGGACAGUUCCACUGUUUUCUGGCUCUUUAGCUUGAACAAAUAUCAUCCUCAUGAGUCUCCAACCAUGUCAGACCUCAUCACAGCUGUCACUCUACAGUCUAGACAGCAGUUGUCACCACUCAGGUGUUAACGGCUGCAGCGAUCAUGAUUAAGGUUCUGCGGAUGUCUCACAGCCUCUGUUUAGUUCAUGUCAUAAAACUUUGCAGCUCUGCACUAAACAGCCUCGUGGAUUAGUUUCAUCAGGAGAUGGAGAGAAAGUACUGCGUAGGAUAAACCUCACCUAUGGCAUCCACACGUUUGAUGUACAGGGCGUUUCUUUCAGCUCAAAUUUGCAAGGUUGAAAUUUAUUAAAUGAAAUUGUUGUUUUUGCACUUUGUAGAGAAUGAUUUAGAUUAAGACAUUCAGUAACUGAUUGUACGGGUCGGCUUUUCAGAAUAUUCCACUUCGGGGAGUUUCUGCGUUGUUUGAGUUGGGGGUAGGUUUGCACCACUAACUCAUGUCCCCUAAAGUAUGAAGUCAUCUCCCCUUGGACCAACUCGCUCUAACUCAAUUUACGAUCCUUCUAUCUCAUUCUUUGUCCCUUCAGUGCAGAUUUUACUGUCCCUUCACCUCUGUUACAAGGCCUCUAAAUCUUUUCGCAGCCCUUUACCUGUAACUGGUACUCCUGGAAAUCUUGAAAACCACAUGAGUCUUUCUUUCUUUCUUGGAAGUACAUCUGAGUCCUCUGAGUCUUUCCUGGCCUAGAUUGUUGAACUGGAUCAUUACGUAUCAUAUCUUCACAGCUCUGGGAUACUCUACCACAUGCAGCAGGUUACAGUAACGUAUUAUUUACUAACAUAUUACAACACUGCUUUAUCUGGCUUUGUCCUGCACUUUGAGAUCAGAGUCUUCGGAUUGUGUUUACAGAGAUUUUGGAUGAAUGGAGCUUCUAUUCAUGCAGCCAGCAGCUCUUAAAGACACCACAUUUCUCCUCUGUCCCUCUCAGUUUACCUCUCACUUCGUCUUUUUGCCCCCCCUCCCUCUCUCUCUCUACCUUCUUAUCACGGGGGAGGACAAAGGUUUAUGUGGGCCUUUCAUUCUGUCUCACAGUGAGAGAUGGCUGCAGUGGAUUGUGGGUAACAGAAUCCAGCUGUGUUGUAGGCGCUGUGUUUUUGUGCGUGUGUGUCUGCUGGUGUGAACAUGUGCAGGAAUGCCUGUGUGUGUGCGUGUGUUCAUGGCUGCGUGCUGCGCGGCUCUGCGGGUCUUGGGUGCGUGUUGACCUGCUUCGUGUCAUUUUGACAGCGCUGGUUUUCUUUCAUCAGGCGCCCUUAUCUGCACUCGUACAAAUAGCAGAGGAUAGACCGUGUGCAAUGAAGUCUUAGCAGCAGAAGACUCUGUCACUUUUAAUUAUGGAUCUAUGAAAGAGCAAAGAGGACUGGUUUUGCAACUCUAUGCUUUGUGAUUGUUGUGUAAUGCGGCACGAAACUGCCCUCCAUAUUUUGACUGCUCUGUUUUAUACGCUACAUGGCAGAUUCUUGGAUCCAUAUGUGGGGCACCUGGUCAAUAUCAAACAACAGCAGAGGACGAGAUGUUAAAAAAGAGAGAGAGAAAUAUGCACGCAGAGAUUGAGCUGUAAGCUUCUCUGUCUUUAUCUCUUCCUGUAUCCUUCUCGCUCAGACACUUAACCUGUCAUCCUUUAAUAAAGCGGAGCCGAUUUGAAAACAAAAGAGGUGUGUGUGAAGCAGCUCGAGUGGUGUCAAAGAUACAAAAGCUUUGUUGUUUCAAGAUUAUUUGAUGUACGGUGUUUUUUAGAGUUCAAAGCUCAUUUGAAGAUUUUACAUCUACAAAUUUUUUUGUUGUAGCACAAAAGUCCAAAACUGGAGGGAUAAAAGUUAACCGUCAGACUUGAAGAUGGAGAGGAAGACUAAGGCUGAUUAAGGAAUAUUGUCUUUAUUGUUUAAACUGAAUCCCACUUUGAUGCCCUUUUAUGAUCUCUGAAAGGAAACAAGACCAUCACAGAGCUGAAACAGGGCCAUCGUUUCACUCUAAAAAUAGAUGUGAGCGAAUUGUAAAAUGUAUUUAGGGGGCACAUAAAAAAGAAUCAGCCGAGGCAACAAAUGUUUUUUCAUGUAAAUACCGCGGCGAAGUUAGUAUUAGGUUUGAUAUCCGACAGGAUAUGUCUCUACCAGUGUCUUCUCACUCUCCAUAACCUGGAAUAGCAACAACAGCAUGGUUAAAUCUACUCGGCACCCUCGCUGUCAACGUCGGGUGUUGAAUUAGGGACCAUCAAUAAAUUACCGGUUGAUGUUCUCAAAAAGGCUGUUUUCCUGCAAUAGCUUCCAUGUCAUGCGACCAAUUGACCUAAAAUCGUUUUCAAAUAAUAGUACUAAUAAGACACUUACUAUUUGAUCAAUUUUCAUUGUCCGCCUAAAGUUCUUCAUGUGCUCCUAACUUUUUCAACGUGCUCCUUGUGAAAAAAGUUAGCGUCAAGCCCUGCAUCAGGCGCAAGAUUAAAAUGUUUUAUUGUAAUCUCUCAUUUCUGAAAUUUGUACAGAGCGGUAGGUGUCAACUGAAGAGCCAAAGAAACACAGAAAAUAUUCAUGAAAUAUAAUAAAGCUGAUGAGCAAACGUCGGCAGGAUAAAAUUUGUCAUCAAGCUUAGAGGGAGAGGUAAGCAGAGCCUGCUUAGUCCACAGGGGGCGCCAAAAUCGUCAUGAACCAACAGUUCCUUACAGGAGCUUUCAGUUCUUAAGAAGUUACUCAGUUUGAAGCAGGGAGAGGAAUGUCCUCACAUGGCCUCUUGUUUAGCAAGACUUCCUGCAAGGAUUUCAUCUGAUUUUAUUGGUUCCAGUUGAAAAGAAGGAGGAAAUAAUCAGUUUUAACACACUCCAUGACUGCAAAGGAGAAAGAGGAAUGAGAAAAAUCUUAAAGAUCAUCCUUACUUAUUGAUUUACUGAUCUGAAAAACAUGCCCAGAAGCUCACAAACAUAGUCCACAGACCUUUAGACUUGUCUCUGACUCCUUCUGGAUACUUGAACUUAGACUCAAACUCUGAGUCCUAAAGACCUGAUACAGACUUGAGCCGAUCUGACUCUUGACUACAACACUCUUUGAUCUGCUGGUCUUCAUGGUAUGGGAUCUUUAAGAGAUGUUGUUGUCAUCAGAGAUUUUAAGACAAAAAUAGACACUCACUGAUCCGUCCUCCAUCUCCUCACCUGUCUCUCCCUUUUUGUUACGGACUGGAUGGCGUUGAGUCACGUCUCUGACGUAGGACAGCGUCUUAAAGGGACAUGAGACCAUAGCCUACCUACACACAUCGGAAACCAACUUUUAUUUAUUUUUUUUUUUGACACCUAAUAUAUUGUCAUGGGCAAAAUGACGUUGGUUAUUGUCAUAAAUUUCGGUAUCAGUAAAUUUUCGGUUUAUCGCCCAGCCCUGGUGUAUAAAUUAGUGUUUUUCCCUGAAUUCAACAUGUUGUCAGAAAGGGCUUUAGCUCCAGUACAAGUCCUGACAGCAGGCCUGUCAGAGCAGCAAAGCCACAAGACCACAUACACAGUGUUUACUGGGGAUUAGAAAAAGCAGACACUUGUUUGGUAGGAGAAUCAAACCACAGUGUAAGAACUGUCAGAAGCAAAGCCUUCAUAUUUACCGGAUUAGUUCAUCCUCUCUUGAAGACAAUGAUUCAUCCAUUCAUUCAUAUUCCACUCAUUCUUCUUCAUAAUUAUCGAGUGAGCCAUCAGCAGCAGCACCCUUAAAGGAAUGAUCGGCAGCUCUCAUUAUGAGCCUGUUACUGUUCUAUAAACAGUCAGUGACUGCACACAAAAGAGGAUCCGGAUUCAUGAGAAGAGUGUCUUUAAACGCAGCUCAAACAAAAGCGAACAUACUGCACAUGGUGGUGUCACAGCGGCGAUGCUCUGUCAUCUCAUCAGUCAUUGUGUGCAUCAAGGAGUGCAUCGUUCUUUGUGUUAGCUUAAAAUAAAAGAGGUGUGUAUGAUGACAACAGGUACAUGUCCUUUGGUGGACGUCACAGUGACUUUAGCGACAUGAUGUCUGACAGUUUUUCCUCUAUCACACUCAAAAUACUGGAACACUGAUUUAAAGCUAAUCUGUCAACUGGCUCCACAUGUUCACAUUAAGGUUGAUUGACUGAUGUGUUAAGCUAGAAGCAGGUUGCGUUGCCUUUCUGUGAUCUAUCUCCAGCUAAUUUGGAUAAAAAUCUGUGACUGUUGAGCUUUUAACGUGAUUUAAAAGUUUAGAUUUUUGCAGGUUUACUCAUGUUUAGUAAAGUAAACUAUGAUCCUCUUUGCUGUGCUGUUACCUUCAGACAGAGUUAGCAGGUUAAAGGCCUGUUGUGGUCAACGUGGAUCAGGGAUUGGCCAUGUUUCUUUUCUUUUUAGUUGAUGAUAAAUCGAUAACCAAGGGGGAAUCCUCAUCUACAUGAACUGAUAAAAAGUUGAGAGUCUGCAUUUGGUGUUUUAGUUGUAAUUUACCAGAUGACCUGUGCUACUCCCGUGCAAAACAUCCUGUCUAUGGCUAUGAGUAAUGCAAGAAUGUAGCACCACUAUACAUUGAAGUUUUAUCAGAAUAUUCAAAGUCCAAAAUACUAAAUAUUUAACAGAAAUAAAUAUCCAGCAAUCUAGUAAAGAACAAAGAUGUUUGAUACCUUGUCCUUUGGCUGACAUCAACAAUGACAAUUUGAAAGCCAAACUUUUUUUUUAGGUAUUGUCGUCAAGCUUCAGACAUUCCUUAUUCCAACUGAAGGAUUUGCCCGCCAUUAUCAAGUUUUGGCACAAACAAGGUACCAACAAGUUUCAACAGAGAGACUUAAGCAGGGAUUAAAAAUAACUUUCCAAACACAAGCUCUGUCUUCAGUCUGUGGUUUACGACAAGAAAAGACAGAGUAAUGUAUCCAGUUCACUCCAAUCCUGUUCUGUUGCACUCCUUUCUUUUAUCCUUUUCCUGCCUAAUCAUUUCCAAGUGUCAAUAUCGUGUAGUUUAUCUCUAUGUAAAGUAAAAGGACUAUCACGCAACCUGGCUAGGUGCAAUUUUCACUUUGACUUCUCUGAUGAAGGUCUGUCAGGUCCAUUACAGUUGAAACUGCAGGAACCUUGCCUGUGAUGAGGAGGGUAAAUGGAGGAGACAGAGGGCAGAAGGAAAACGGAGGCAUGGGGCCCGGCUUCAAUAAACAUCUUAGGUUUCCUCCCAACUUCAACCUCAGGAGUCUUGGAGAGGGCAAGACUGUAAGGGCUGACUAACACAAACCAGGUCAGACUAAAGAGGGAAGUCGUGACGAGAGCAGAUUGAGAGAAAAUGAGUGGUGGACAGAUAUGCUCUACAUCAGAUGACGUGCAGUUCAGUUGUCUUGGUUUACACUCGACAUAAGCUAGCUCGAAGUUCAGCUCACACAUAAAAAGUUUGUGUUUAUAGUACUUUUUGUUUUUUUUAAGCUAACCUCAUAUUAAUCUUUUUUGUUUCAGCUGUACCUACAUUGUCUGACAGGAAAGCCUCCUUAGCUCCAAUCCCUAGCCCUAGAAAAUGCCUUGGCAAAUCCAUAUGCACACCAUGUAGCAGUCUCUCGUUCCCCUUUAGAUCCUUGCAUUUUCCUAUGUGGUGCCCAUGUUUCUGGUGAUAAGGUUAACAAAUAUGUCAAAGAUGUGAAACGGAAUAGGUAAGCGUGUUUCAACACACUCUUAGCAUAUUCUCUGAGUUUUGUAUGUUGUAGCCGUUUGGUGCUGCAAGUGCAGACAAAGGACUGUGAUACAAACACUGUGUAGAGGCUGAACGGGCUUUUCACUGACACCAGGAAGGGGGUCACCCUGGGUGGGCAAAACCAAACGUUUGGGCCUUGAGCCAUUGGGCAUUACCACAUCCAGGAUAGUAUAUAACAAAUUUCACUAUAUUGAAACAGUCAAUGGUAUUGUAUGGAUGUAUAUGAAUGUGUCUUUUGAACGAUGGUUUGUGGGUUGGGCUUUUGCUUCUAUAUCCUGUGUAUUGCUCUCUAGUGUUGUCCAAGUCUGUGUGCAGAGUAACAUACUUGAUUCAUGUUGGUUAUUUUGGUUGACUUCGUAAGAAAACGGUGAUUAAAAACCAACCAUUUUCUCUCCUUUUCUUGUCUUUCAGAGUAUAAGGCCUGAGGUCACCAUGCUGCCUCACCUCCUGCUCCUCCUCCUCUCAUUUGGUUUGGUGAUAUCCUCGGACUGUCCGGCAGACUGUUCCUGCACGGGCCAGGGUAUAUUCUGCAUUCAUCGCAAAUCAAACACUGUACCCCGUGUUCCCAUCACCACUCAAAAUCUCUACAUCUUCCAGAACGGCAUCAACACUUUGUCUCAAGAUGACUUAAAAGAUCUUGAAGAAUUGGAGAUGCUAGAUCUGAGCCAGAAUGAGCUGGCAGAGAUUCCAGAUGAUGUAUUUGGGAUGCUGGCAAAGCUGAAGAACUUGGACCUGUCAUCUAACCAAAUCACUCACAUCUCCAAAGGCAGUUUUUCUGGGUUAGUCCAGCUGGAGCGGCUGUAUCUUCAUGCAAAUCGCAUCCAAAGCAUCCAUUUGGAAGCUUUUGAUGGUUUAGAGAACCUCCUGGAACUCAAGCUUCAAGGAAACCUGCUCACCACUCUCCCAUCCAUAAGUUUUCCAAGGCUUUUGCUUCUGGACCUUAGCCACAAUAACAUCCCAAUCUUGGGACCCUCAGAUCUCCAGACUCCCCACCUGGAGGCCCUAAAGAUUUCCUCUAUUGGGCUUACCUCUGUGGAUGAGGAUCUCAUAGCUUCCCUUGGAAACCUCCAUGAGCUUGACAUAUCCAUGAAUCAGUUAACGGAGGUACCCCAAGCCCUAAAGCAGGACUCUCUCAAGGGGUUGACCAAGCUGAGUCUGGCUACAAAUCCAUUGGGUGAGCUCAGAGUUGAGGACUUUCACAAACUGACAGGACUUGUAGAACUCGAUCUCAGUGGACUCAAUCUCCAAGGAUUUCCACAGAGUUUCUUCCUGACCUUUCCCAGGUUGGCUCAACUUACAGCAGCUGAGAACCCAUUUAACUGCUUGUGUCCGUUGGCCUGGUUCCCUGUUUGGCUAAAAGAGAAAAAUGUGUUGCUUGGGAGGCCAGAAGAAACCAGGUGCCAUUUCCCUCUGGUUAAUGCUGGAAAGAAGCUUUCAUCCCUUGAGCACAAAGACUUCGGAUGUCCACCUUCCACAACAGUGCAGAUUGGCUCCCCAGUUGGAAGUACACCUGCUCCCCCGAUAGCCACCACAUCUCCAGAAACCACCCAUACCAACGCUAUCCCUCCCCCUCCACCUAGUGAGGAAACACUCUCUUCCAAAACGGAGAGCUACCCCCUUCCACCUCAUCCUCCUGUGUCCCCCAGUUCCACCAGUGGGGAAUAUGAACCACACAUCUGUCCACCAAACAUCUGCCUAAAUGGAGGUACUUGUAAUUUUGACCCACUAGGUCAACUCACCUGCCUCUGCCCAACAGGGACUUCUGGCCCCUACUGUGAAAAUGUGGAUGAGGUUCCUGAGCCACCAAAACAUUCAGUAACAGAAGGUUCUACAGUUGGCCCUGUGGUUCCCACUGAAGUUGAUGCUAUCAGCUCACGGCAAGUGACUUCCACAUCCAUUCUUCUUGACCUGCACCGCUUCAUUGAAACACGACCACACAUCCGUGGCAUUAGGUUGACUUAUCGAAAUCUCUCAGGACCUGACCGCCGGCCAAUUAUACUGAGUGUACCAGCAUCUUACCCUGAGUACACCUUACGUGGUUUGAUACCCAACUGCACCUACUCAGUCUGCGCCAGCCCCCUGGGUGAGAGAACCAGCUCUAGGUCUAACAGCUCUGCAGAAACAGGGUGGUGUACAGAAGCUCGCACUGACGGAGUUCCACUUACAUCAGUAGAGCCAAGGGUGGAGACGCAGAGCCAGCUGACGAACACUCUCAUCCCUGCCAUUGCUGCCUUGGCCCUUGUGCUUGGAUUGGCUGUGUUAGCUGGGACAAUCAUCUGUUUGCGGAAGAAGAAAAAAGCCAAGUCAGGAAUAGAGCUAGAGCUGGGCCCCGCUGACCCUGACCCCAUGGAAUUGGAAGGGAUAAAAGCUGGUCUAGAGAAUGGGGGGAAUGGUGCACUGCCCCACAUACAACCUGAGAUUGACCGCUGUCACAAUCCCCAAGCCCCUCCAUCAUUGCUACAAAACGGGGCAAUGGACUAUGAAGUACCCCUGAUGCAAGGACAAUGCCCAUCAAAUAACAAUCUAGCAUCCCUAAAGCCAUCAUAUUUCUGAGAUGCCAUCAACUCUCUCUUGAGAAAGAUUUUAGAGACUGGGCUUGCCCGUCUGGAUUUGUGAGGUCCUGCUACUGCUCACAUAGUGUUAAAGAAAAUCUAAUUUCAUUCCCAUAUCAGUGACGCAAAAGUGGCGCUUACAAUUCUUUGUUGUUCAAAAGGUAACACUGUGGAGAAUAUAAUGAUUUUAGAGAUACUCAGUAAGAAUUUAAAGUAAAAUCUUAUUGGGAAAGUGCUAAACCACUGAGGGGCAAGGUUCAGGAUGUGGUUAUAAGUCAUCUUACACAAUCUGAUUGUGAUGAACCCAAGACCAGUGCAAUCGACAAGAUGGGUCUAGUAGCAGACUGAAAACGGAAGUGCCUUUUUGCAUUGACAGAACUGUAACUGAUGGCUCAUUUUUAUUUAAACUCUUUGUAGAAAUGAAAACUUUGUGAAUGAACUAUAAUCCUGUUGCUGGAUUUGUGAGAUAAAGUGUAGGUAGGAAGUGCCCAGUCUUUGGGAAACACAACCAGAGGAGGUGAUGGUGGUUUCAGUGAAAGCAAGGAUGCUGGUGUACGACUCUUGGACUACACAUCCUGGUACUAAAUAGGUUUUUGACCAACUCCAGCUACUCCAUGGGACUUAUAGAUGAUGUUGCACUGAAAAGAAGUAUUUCUUUUCCCUUUUAGUGUCCUGGCCAUGGUUUGCCACAAGACUGAUGAUUGUGUAAGGAAUUGCAACAACACAAAAAUGAAUUGAGUAAACACUAUUCAAACUAGCAAUAGGUUGAUGACCAUUAAAGCUGUCUAAACUUCAUACUGUACUGUUGACAUUUGCUAAUCUGAAACAAAACUUCCAAGUUUCUUCACAUGUGGAUUUGGACUCUCCGUUGUCAACAGUCCACCAUUUUUCUCUCCACACAUCCAAAAGCUUUUGGCUCAGUGAAAGAUAAACUUGCUGUGAAAGAAAAAUGGACUGAACGAAGAGCCACUGAGAAUGGACUUUGCCUGCAUUGUUCUGUGCCAUGAUGGGAAGGCUGUUUUGUCAAGCUUACUUUAUGAUAUCCUUCUUUUGUCUUAUGGGUUUUUUUGUACUUUUGUGUUGUUUUUUUCUGCCGUUGAUCUCCACUCAGUAUUGUUUUCUUUGCAGAAGCUAUCAGUUUUACCCCUUGAAAAAAGCCCACCUCAGUCAUCACUGAGUUUUUGAUUUUCUUCGACUAUAUGAAAUCAAGCUUAAACCUUCCAGAUCUUCUUACAUCCAGUGCUGGAAUUGAUACUAACGUAGGCUUCUUGAGACCAGGAGUAUUAUUAGAGAUUAGAAAGACUAAAUAAAAUUCAGUCAUUUUAUAUUAUAUAUAGGUAAUGAUUGUAUACGGUUUAUUAAAAUGUGUCUUAGGAACUCACCAAGUGAAUGUAACACUUAAGUGUUGGACACUCUGCUCUCUCUGCCAGGUCUGCCAAUGCCACAUAAGAAAAACCACAGACCUUUUUUUGACCUCAUAAGCUCCCAAAUCUGUGUUCAAAGGCGCCUAGCCACAGAAUCCACCCCUAUAAAACAGCACACGCGUGCCGGGAACGGAAAGCAACUUCAAAGACUUCGGAGGCAAUUUGCUGCGAGUGUCUGUGAGAGUUUUAAGCACUACAGUUUCCUUUUGCUGCCACUGACCGUGUCAGGUCUGAGAUAUGGUCUAGACGGUGUUCCCCCUGCAGCUUUUAGUGCUUCCUCUUCUUGGCUCUGCGUGCCUCCACACCAACCAUCCAGUGUGUUUUGGUCAACAAGGGUUAUUGGCUUUUGUAUUUGGAGACUGUUUUGCUUGUUUACGGCUAACCAGACUGUGAAUUGUACACGCACCAUUCGUGUAUUUGUUGUCUUUUUCUUUCCAGGUCUGGGAAUGCCACAAUUAUUUUUAAAUCACUGCUAUUGUAAGAAAGAAUCCUGAAAUGGAGAGUUCAGUCGGGUUACAGAGAAAUGUAGUGUCCCAUUACAGUACACAGUGCUCGCUGAUGUGUAUUUCAAGAACAAAAGGGCCUUUAUUUUGCCUCUGAGGACUAUCAUUGUGCUUUAUUACAUUACAAACCAUGGAUGAAGAAAUAUGAAAUGUAAUGCAAUCAAUUUAGUCUGGUUUAAAAAAGACCUGUCAUGGUUGUCAGUGAUCUAACAGCAGAAACCUUGGACGACUCGCUCUUAUCAGUUUGUUUGUCCAGGUGUGUGUGCACUCAUAUGUGUCUGUUUUUUAUUAUCAUUUUUUAUCUUUCUCCUCCCGCUCCUACAGUACAUUGUCUGCUUUAUAAUUGAGUCCAUGCACUACACUCCGGCUCUGUCCAAAAUCAACUCACCACUCUUUGGCUCCACUACAGCCUUCAUUCUGUCCAUUUUCCAGUAUAAACAGAGACACAGAUGCUCAUAUAUCUGCUCUCGCUCACUAUAUCAACUGGAAGACUCUCUGAAUUGCUUUGGACAGCGAGAGGGAGCAGGAAAUGUUUGAAAUAUUUUCAACAUGCUUGUUACAGAACUUUCCCUGUUUAUUUUGGGAGAAAUUUCUUUUUUUUAAUUGUUUGAUGUUUGUCUAUUGUGUAUUUACAUGUUUGCAGAAAAGCAAUGCUGAGGAAAAAGGACAGUAUUAAAAAGACUUAAUUUUAUAACAUCUGUGUGUUUGCAUCUCAUUCUGGAUGGUGUUUUGCGAUGGAUUUCUAAUGCUGAUCUGCAAGUACAUAUAAGACCACUACAGGUAACAUUAUUUCUAUUAUUUCCUGUAAGAUUAGGCCUUUUAGCUUACUUAAUUCAUUAUUCACCUGACAGCUAUGAUCACAUAAUAAUCAAAAAUUUGACAGUUGUGAACAAUAUUUGAAGUUGACUGUUGGAAAAAAUGACAGCCAUAGAGGCGACCAAAAGGGCAGAUAUCAAGAAUUCUUCUCUCCAUCUAUUCAACUGGUCAGGAAACCUCCAACCAGGAAAAGACAGUAGGAGACAGCACUCUGUCCUCCGACACGUAAACAAUCAGCCAGUGGAUCUGACGUUCCAACAACACGCAAUCUGAUUGGUCAGAAGUGGACACGCAGUAUAUGAAACAUUGGAAAAAUUGACCGUGAGACGGAAAAAUAAAUGCCGCAAUAUCGCAGGACGGGAAAAUGUCGCUGAUGUGAAUGCUUGUAUUGACAGGAUACAGGUUCAAAAUAAAUAUUGAUGUCCGAAAUAAUCGCACGUAGCUCGCAAUCGUUUCAUUACUUUGAUCAGGAUGGUUUUGACAACCCAGGGUUCUGGCUCCUUUCCAUCAUGUUUGCUGCCAACAAAACAAUAAAAUAACUGGUCAUGGAGCACCGAACUGUCCCCGAACAUUCAGCACCUGAAUUGAAAAUAUCAGCAUCCUUUAAAAAGACAGUACAAAGAGAUGUGGACGCCACAGAUUCUCUUGUGGAUGCUAGCUUAAGCAUCUCUCCCAGCCUCCAAAACCAGCGCUAGCUCAUCUAACCCUGUAUGAUGUAGGCAUAUGUCAUACGGGGUAACAUAUGUCUACGUCUUAUGUCAUCUCCCCUCCCUGCCAAAGAGAAAAAGCUUGGGGAUACAAUGCGAGUUCUACCUGUCGAGUUCCACCCGACUCUCUCGGUGGAUUUCUGCUGCAGAAAAUAAUGAAAUGCUCUGUUGAUGUUUUAAAUUGGUACUCUUACAACUAAAUUACCGACUUACUACAAUGAAAGUGAAGUUAACCCGACACUUGGCAGGUCAGCUUGUAUUAUCAACUGGGAGUCUGACCAGAGAGAGAGGAAAAGAUGCAUAAUGAAAGUUCCUCUCAGUAGUUUCAGUCAGUCUUUUUAUAUAGCAGCUUUCUAAAUGAUACAUUUAUGUAUAUAUCCUACAGUGAAGGCUUGGAAAUCUCUCUCUUUCCGCCUGGAUUUAAGGAAUUUGGAUCUACUUGAGGCUAUAAGUCAGUUUAAAUGGACAUGAAUGUUGUCAAAGAGCAGAGUUUAACGAAAAACUUUCCAGCAACAACAGAAGCUGAUUACACACAGCCUGCAUCUCUCAGUACUUCAUUACACCCAUAAACACACACACACACACCAAACCUCAACCACAACAUGAUUACUCUGUGACGUUCUGCUGGUUUGUGGAUGAAGGUCAUUUUCUGUGUUUUCCGCUAAUAGCCAACAACAGAUGUGAGUGGAAAAUGUUACGAAUUAACACAAUUUUCCACGUAAUGGACGUCAUGUGUUUCCGCUGCUCUCCGCUAUUGGAUGUUUUCUUGAUGACUCUGCACUUUUACAUCUUAUUCAUCAGGGCAGGAGCUUCGGUGAGGGAAAACAAAUGUGACUGACUUGAAUUUAUCACAGGUUCUCUGUCUGAACCAGCGAGUGUAAAUUCAGACUAUCGGGUCAGCUAUUUGGACAGUCCUGGAUCGGUGUUAUGUCAUGGUUCAGUAUCCAUGGUAAUCAAAUAGAAACACUUGUGACUUUACUGAUCAGGUAUGUGUGCUCCGACAUAAAAUAACAGAGGUGCAAUCCAAACUAAGCAUGCUUCUGAGCUUUUGCAACCUUACAGGAAAAGAAAGUCUGUCAGAGGAGGAAAAGCACUGGUGGUGUCAGUAAUCAUAAUAAUUACGCUAUGUCUGGCUGAGAUAAUCAGGUAAUAUUCAGGGGGCGGAGACUUUCCUAGGAUACACAAUCUAUGUGCUGUCGUUUUCGGUCUACUCACAAUCUUCUUGAACUGUCCCAUUUUCAAGUUUGGAAGCCGUUCUUUUAAUCGUGAUGAGUUCAUGAGCUUUUUAUCAUAGAGCAGAAACAACAUGGAUGCUCCAAAGGUUAAAAAAAAUAGGUAAAAUGAUAAGUUACAUUUAAAGGGUGUAGGCAACAGUUACUAAAUCAACAACAUAUAAGUCAAAUACAGAGUUUCCCACAGUUGACUAAACAAUCCCUUUGCCAAGAAGUUUCUGGAUUGUAUUUUGAUGACAGCAUAUGUUGACAUUUAGCUGAAUUGUUUUGUUUUGUAGUCCAGACUUGUUCAAUUGACUGACUGAAUUUUAUCAUAACCCUGACAGUGCAUUCACCACCAUCCUUUUUUCCAUAAUUUUGUGUUUUUAAAGUUUAUGUAGAGUAAUAAUUUUGGAUUUUGGAAGUAGCAUUGACUCAGGUUAUUAUGAAAGAACAUGACAAUAGUUUUCCCUUUUCCUAUUGCUUUAAUGUAAUGCAUGAAUUCUACUUUUGUAGACCUUCCUUCCAAAAAAGCAAAAAUCUUUCACUAGCAAGGGCUUUUUUCUGUGUAAUUCUUUUAAAGGCCAGCUGGUGUUAGACAAACUUCAAAAGUGCUGUUCAUAUCUAAACAAACAAAAAUCACAAGCGGAGUUCCCCAAGGCUCCAUUCUGGGGCCUCUUCUGUUUAAUAAUUGUAUGUGCUCACUCAAUAAGGUUAUAGAAAACAACAAAAUAUAUUACUAUAACUACACUGACAUCGCACAGUUACAAUGUCACCUUAAAGGUGGGGUAGGCAAGAAUCCGUUAAAGAAGCAUGUUUUUUUGUGGUGUAUAUAUAAAAAAGCUUUUAAUAUCAGUCAAUACCUAUUAGUCAUUGAUGACAUUUGGUAAUAUGAAGAUAUCGCUGUGUUUUGUGUUUUGUCUGUGUAGUCAACUUUUUGAAUUUUCAGAGCACUCCGCUCUUUCUGACUCUAAACAAAGCCAUUCCCCACCUCCCCGAUCCUGAUUGGUUGUGAGGCGGACGCUGCUCCCCUGUGUCGUUCACGAGCCAAACAAAGACAGAAGAAACCAACCAGAAAGUACAGAAAACUUUCUAAUCUUCCUUUAGCCACGACUGCCAACACAAGCAAGAAAACAAAUUAAAUACCAGAGACUGGAGGAAUGACAGCACUUAAAAAGGAGGUAGACCACCCGGACAAGAGCUAAGAAGCCGAGUCAACAAUCAUGGGGGACACUUCGGGAUCUUACAGACCCUGUAA